UUCCCAUAAACACAAAACUCUCCAGUUAGGUGGACGUGUACAUGCGUGUUGAUUAAAAUGUUAGCCUCCCGGCUUGGUUUCAGUUACUGAAGGAACGUCAUUGUAGCUAUCGUGAGCAGAAAUGGCAGGAGAAAUGUCUAUAAUCGGUUCUGUGAUUUUGGCCUUAUUCCUAGCUGGAUAUUUAGGUCAGCAGUAUCUACCUCCUCCUAAACCCAGAGUCAUCGGGCUCGAUCUCGGGACGACGUUUUGCUCCGUAGCUGUUUUCCAGCCAGGGACGGGAGACGUGGAGGUGAUCGGAGACGAGAAGGGUAGAAAAAGCAUCCCUAGUGUGGUGUCCUUUACAGAGACGGGGGUUUACGCCGGACACGAAGGCCAGGAGUUGGCUGAUGUCAAUCCGCAAAAUACGGUUUAUGAUGGCAAGCGAUUUAUCGGGAAGAUUUUUGACCAGAAGGCGCUGGAGCAGGAGAGCGCUCGUUACCCCUUCAAGGUCGUGCUGAACAACGGCAGUGCCGAGUUCCUGCUCCAGACGAACGGCACCUUCACCGUGACACCCGAGUUCAUCGGCUCUCGGCUACUGUUAAAGAUGAAGAGAAUGGCGGAGCAGUACCUCGGGGUCCUCAUCGACAAAGCGGUGAUAUCGGUGCCCGCAGAGUUCGACGAGCGGCAGAGAAACUACACUAUCAGGGCUGCCGGAUUAGCAGGGCUGGAAAUCUUGAGGGUCAUUAACGAGCCCACAGCAGCGGCGAUGGCAUACGGGCUUCAUAAAGUGGACGUGUUUAACGUACUGGUGGUGGAUCUGGGAGGAGGAACGCUGGAUGUGUCUCUGCUCAAUAAACAGGGCGGGAUGUUCCUCACCAGGGCCAUGGCAGGAAAUAAUAAGUUAGGAGGACAGGACUUCAGCCAGCGACUCUUCCAGCACGUCAGCGAGCGAGUGCUUCAGCAGUACGGCAUCGCCCUGUCGUUAAAAGAGGACAUCCAGCGUCUCCGUCAGGCUGUAGAAGAAGCCAAACUCAGCCUGACUGUGAACUCUAGCGUCACCCUUAAAGUCCCCCUGCAUCUCCGGACCUCAGGAGAGCAGGAAGAACGUGUCACCUUCCAGCAGGAGCUCAGCCGCCAGCUCUUUGAGGAACUUAACGCAGAUCUCUUCCAGAAGAUCCUGGCCCCCAUCGAGACGGUCCUGGCGGAGGGACGUCUGGAAAAAGACGAGGUGGACGAGGUGGUGCUGGUGGGCGGUUCCACGAGGAUUCCUCGCGUCCGCCAGAUCAUCAGCGAGUACUUCGGGAAGGAAGUAAACACGCGCGUAGACCCGGACCUGGCCGUAGUGACGGGUGUGGCUCUACAGGCGGGCAUCAUGGGAGGAUCGUGGCCUCUGCAGGUCAGCGCCAUCGAGAUUCCCAACAGACACCUGCGCAAGACCAACUUCAGCUGAGACUCGGCAGCAGGCGGAGGAACUCGAGAUGCAGCCACAAUUCAUGAAUAAUUUCCCCUCCGAGUGGAAAGUCUUUAUUUGGACGUUUAAAGUUUCGUACGAUUUGCCCAACAUUUAUAACUCCCGAUUACUCGUGAACUAAACAGCAAACUUGACACAAGAGUUUGAACGUCAGUCUAUCAGCCACACAGAUUGUGUGGGAUCUUUAACAGAACAGUUUAUAUUUUUAGGUAAAGCAGGGUGGGUGGAACACGUGAGAUGUUCUGCCUACGAUUCUGAAAGCUUUAAAGAAGGUGAUCUUCAUCUAACUCUAAAGGUUCCAGGACCAGCUGUAGGGCUUCUAGAGAAGCUCUAAACUCACUAGGAGACAUUGUACAUGUUGGUCGGGCAACAUAGAAAAUAAAAUAUAUAGCAGAAAGUGUAUGAAUUGGAAUGAAGCACUAGAUUGUUUGUUUAUUUUGGCAAAUUGGAGUAGAAAAAGAACACCUUAGAACACAGCAGAGUUCCACAACGCUGCAGUCACACAGAUCCAUCAGGAACGCACUUCCUGUGUUACAAUAAGAGCGACGGGACGAUGACAUGAUGGAUGACACACAGAGAUAAAGCUCCACUGUCUACUAAAGUUCAGUCGUAACGUAACCGAGGUCAGUCAAAAGACGACAAGACGGGUGCCAAAACUAAUUCACAUGACGCGAGAGAAAGAAAGAAGGGAAGUGGAGGAGAAAGAACAUAAUCAGAACAGACCAGACUUUCAUCAGCUAAUUAUUUAUUUUUAUUAUAGCCUCUCAGCCAGAUCAUGACUACUUUUAUUUAAGCCACUGAGUUUACAGCUUUUUUUAUUUUAUUUUGUUUUUAAUUAAUUUCUUUUAAUUUAUUUUUAAAUAAUUUUGCUGCUCAUAUUUGUGCAUCAUGAGCUGAUCAUGGUUCAUCUUGCCUUUUUAAUUAUUUUUUUUAUUAUUUUUUUUUUUUUUGGGAAACCCAAAAAAUAGAAAAAGUGAACUUCCUUAAAGAUGUUUACCAUUUAAACGUGUCUGUGUUCGUGCUCUUAAACUCAACUAACACGUGUGUAUUCAGUCAGGUGUAUAAAACACAAUUCCACACUGUCAUGUUCAGUACUGUCCUUUACGUAUUUAAUAUAUAUUUUUGUCAUUUUUUUGUAGCACAUCAUCUUACAUUUCAAGCUUGGAAGGAAAAUGUUGCACUUUAAAAUACAGAAGUUUAAAUGUUUUUUUUUUUUUUUUUUUUUCUGUCAAAGUCUGGAAUUAAAAACGUAACUGUCUUACUAUUUUUUUUAUACAACUACAAAAACUUGAAUAAGGAAACGGUUGUAUUUUUGGGGCCAAAUUUAAUAAUCUCUGAUCUUUUAGAAUUUAUGAAGCCAAUUAUUAUUAGAAGUAGUAGUUUAUUUUAUUUUAUUUUUUUAACAUACUGAGACAUAAAAAUGAUCUAAAGUCUGGACACAUUGUAAAAAAAAAAAAAAAAAAAAGUGAUAUUUUUAUACACUGAAACAAUUUUAGUAAAUUAAUUUUGAUGUGUGAUCCCAAUAUAUCAGAUGAUAUUAAUUUCUUAAUUUCUUUGGCUUCUUUUAUUCUGAAAAAAAAAUUCAUUCAGCUCUGUGACAAAUCGCUCUUCACCAUGUAAAAAUAGAGUAAACUAUAACGCACUUAAAAAUUGUUUCAGAAUAGUUAAUAAACGUGGGACGCAACUCCUGAAUAAAGUUCUUAUUUAGAUUUACAACAGAAAUUUUUUUAACAGAAAUGAAUCUAAAUAUUGUUACUGAAGCUUAAAAAAAAUAUGUCAUUUGGUCAAAAUCUGUUAAAAAGAAAUGCGAGUUAAUAGAACAGAGUGUUUAAAGAAUCCCAAAAAAAAUGUUUGUGUCUUUUUGGAUAAAAAUCAUGUUCGUGUGAAUUUUUUUUAUUAUUUUUUAUUUUUAUGCAAAUAAUUUUCCAUCAUCCACCCAAAAAAAAAAAAAAAAAAAAAAACGUCCGGACGAGACAAAAAAGAUUUCCAAAUACUGUAUUUAUUUAUUCCUUGAGACAUGUACAAAAUAAAAACAGAGUAAAAUGAUUUGUUUGUUUUCUUCUGUGCGAGCGUGAACAUUUUCGUUAAAACGCUUCACCAAAAUCUACCAGUGCCAU